GCCUGCCUGCCUGCCUGACUGCCUACCUGUCUGUCGCUUAUGUUCGCGCCGCUUACGUUCUACGUGCGUAAUUUUGCGGCUGACACACGGCAGAUGCAUGAAUUAACGCGCAAUUAACGACGACGAGGGCGGCACCGCGACUCUUCGGGAUCGGGCGGAUCGUCAUCUCGUCGGGGAACGUCCGGACACGUCUGUGCUCCUAAAUGUCAACCCGCUCGGCGCGACUCGGCAGCGGUGAGCGAUGAUCCUGUCGUCCGACACGCGACGCACUGUCUGAGCAGCAGCUAGUGUGUUUCCUCAGGAACACGGCCGAUGUGUCUCUCUCUUCAUUCUUAUCCGAAGCUGCAAACCGCACGAGAUUGCCCUGACGGCGGUGUCACGCGCGCACGGAUGUGCCCGGAGUAAGUCGGCUCGCGGAGUGGAGAGGAGGUGGAUCCCCAAAAACAUUCUCGCCAGUUGGACUUCUCUGUUAUGGAAACUUGCGUCUUGAUACCCAGAGAAUUCUCCUUGGUCCUCACUAGCGAUCAGUCGUCCUGCAAGAACCUCUUCAAAAAUGACUCGGGCACGUUGGUCGCGGACGUGAGAAUUUCGGUGUGGUCGAACGUGUUCAUCCCGUCGGGCACCCUCAUCUAUCCGUUUCAGGGAUCGAUCAGAUUCGACAAGAUCGACCUUUACUCCCUUCUCGACGACAAUGACAUCAGACGCGAGUACGGCUGUUACGACGAGGUCUUCUUCUCGAACUACAAUCUUAACAAGCGUCAGUGCAAUUGGAUAAGGUUCCUACGUAUCGUCCAAUCGUACGAUGAGCAAGUUAAUCUGAUCGGCACGAAGGUAAAAGGUGAGCCUAUAUUCGAGGUGAUAAAGGACGUCCAGCCGGACACGGAACUGGUAGCUUGGUUCCUGCCAGUAACGCAGCAGGAUUUCGUUAUCAUCUCGCACGAUGUAUGCUCCAGAUCGGCUAUCUACAGGUGCACGAUCGACUCUAUCUUAGACGAAUCCCCGCUGGACCUGUCGAUGACGCUGCUCGCUCAUCAUUCUCUACCACCGAUAUCACACUCCUAUUACGAAAUGGAUGAGUACGAAUCGACGUCCGAGGAAUCCUCAUCAUCCACGCUGUCGUUGGCCGGCGAUCAUCUCGAUUGCAGCAUCCUCACGACGAUUAAGAGAGGAGAGAGGGUUUUAUUGCCCUGCGAAGUCUGCGGCAAAUCCUUCGACCGGCCGUCCCUUCUGAAACGACACAUGAGAACGCACACAGGGGAGAAACCGCAUGUCUGCAUGGUGUGCAACAAGGGUUUCUCAACCUCGAGCUCGCUGAACACGCAUAAGCGCAUCCACAGUGGCGAAAAACCCCAUCAGUGCCUCGUCUGCGGUAAGAAGUUCACAGCCUCGUCGAAUCUCUACUAUCAUCGGAUGACUCAUAUCAAGGAGAAGCCACACAAAUGUUCACAAUGCUCCAAGUCAUUCCCGACGCCAGGCGACCUGAAGAGCCACAUGUAUGUGCACAAUGGGCUGUGGCCGUUCAGAUGUCACAUCUGUAGCCGUGGCUUCAGCAAGCCCACCAACUUGAAGAAUCACAUGCUCCUCCACCUAGGCAGGUGCUCCAAUAAGAAGUACAUCAAGUCGAUCCCCGACUUGUGACCGAGUGCGAACUCGUGACGGUUUUCCCCGCCUCGGGGAGUCCCGAGGAUCGCUCUGACGUAGACGUUAACGUGCCAUUGCUGGUCAGACAUGCGAGUCGACAUGAGGAUGACCGAUACGUAGGUGCCAUCCGCUUGUGUUGCGAUUGACUCAGGUAUACGUGAAAGCGCACUUGUACAACGCGGAAAGUUCUCACGCGAGGUUUCUUGAUUAUCGCUAAUUACCUUUUGUUAGCGUCGCGUUGUUUCUUAAUUCUUCGCUGAUUGCGUGGUUAACGUAAGUUGUAAGUUGUAAGCAGCAAAUACGUAAGUAACGAGAACAUUGCGUCACUUCCCACUCGGUAAUGUGAGUGACGCGACACUCGCAUUGUGAAACAGUUUGAGCACUUUUCUUUCCAACGAAGUUUGGAGCGCGUCAAACGGACAAUAUUGCGAGCCACUGCUUAUGGGCUUGCGUGGUUAUAGCAAGAGUCAAAAUACGCAGCAUACGAUGUAAGGUACCGCGACUCUUCAUUACAUUCUGAUAAAUGAAGAUGUAGUAGAGACGAUUUUCCCGAAAGUUGUUCCCAAAUUAAUUGGUAGAAAAAAAUGAUGUAAUAAAAAAUGAAGGUUUAAAGUUGACCUUGAUUCGACCUCUAAAUCUUAUGAAUCUUUCAUUAUAGCUGUGACGUGGAAUAUACCUCGUAUGAAAGCGUCAUCUUUUCAAGUUAACUCGGGGUAUCUUUCUGGUACACUUUGUAUAUAUGUAUAUUAUAUCAUAUUAAUAUUGAUGCCCAAUGCCACUGCUUCGGUUUCUACCAUAACAAAUUAUUGCGCAGACUCGUGAGUGGCGAUUCGCGAUCGUGACCACUUAAUGCUCUCCUAGCGCUUUAUAAAAAAAGCGCUCAAACGGCCUCACAGACAAGUGUACGAUGUAACAGUCACAUUGUUAUGUUAGGGAGGUUAUAAGAUUGAUGUUACGCUACUGUUACUCGGCGUUUGCCGGAAUAUUGUAUAUAAUUAUUCGUUCGUAAUAAUAUUUUCCUACGGAUUAAUCUCUCUCGACACUUUCGUACCUCGAUUAACUGUACGCGACGAUUCGUCCUCGACGAUGCGUCGUUGAUAUGGAUACGACGAAGUAAAGCUUCCGUGACUGAGCGGAAUAAUUCUACACCCCUCACUUGUCUCCACGGGUUUUUCUUCUAAUUUUUGUUUGGCAAUUACGGAGUACUCUAGUGCGGGAAGACACACUGAGUAUGAGUUUUCACAAGGCUGUUGUAUCGCUCUCGAUUGCGAAAGCGUUGUUUGAAAUCGAUCGGGCAACCGAGACAUGACAAAUGAGUCACCCUAUGUAUAGACACACAACGGUUCUUUGCAAAACGAGGAACGUAAGUUGCCAUUUUCUAUACUAAUAGUUGUGAGUAACGAUUAAAGGUAUAUUAAAGAUGUUUUAAGACACAUGUACUUGGAUAAUGCAUGAUAAAUAUAUACAUAUGUACACAUACACAUAUACGUACACGUACACGUAUGUGUGUGUGUAUGUAUAUGCAGUAAGAUUUUCAUUUUAUAUCGCCGUCGCUUCCCUCGGAGGUGAGAGCACGGCGACGAUUUCCGUUGUAUCGACCUUACCCAUUGUCAGGUAUCAGCAAUUUUCAAAUAAAUAUUAUACCUGCAGAGAUAUCAUAGACUAUUUAUUUGAUUGUGUCGU